AUGCAAAACGAGAAGAGAUUAUUGGAGGUAUCAUCGGUUGAAUUACGGGAUGAAGGGGAAGAAUUUAUAAUUGUUGAACGAGCACGAAAGCGAGGCUACAAUAUGAGUAUCAUCAUCACAAUGACUGUACUUAUCUUUUUGAGUUCUUUACAGGCUGUCACUACUGCCAACAUACUAAUUAAAAAAAGGAUUGACCAUAAACCCAACAUCAUCGAUACUUCUCACCAUAUCGACAGACACGUUCAAUUGUUUUCAAUGUCUUCAAACAUCAAAUCAGAACAUUUACAUGACAUUUCUAUUCCUCGUCAUCAGGCAAAAGGAAUGUGGCUACCUUCGCAUCCUAUCACGCAUUUGAUACGCAAGCAUGCCAAUUCUGUGACAAAGACAAAGAUCCCUGACCGAAAAGAUGUUGAUAAAACAACAAAUUCAAGUCUCAAAGCAUGGAUCCAAAGUCCCGCUACAUUUUCUGGUUCGCUUUCAGAUAAUCUUGCUAUUCUCACUAAACACGGUUACGAUAUUGAGCCACUAUUAGAAGACGUCAAGUUCAUGACUUUAAAGAGUAGUAGUGAAACAAAUGAUGUAACAUAUGACAUGAAUGAAAAACGACUUGCUCCUCUUUUAGUUAAAGCCCUUUUGGUUGGAGCAAAUGUCAUUCUUGGUGGCUUGAUUGACCUUGGCUGUACAGUUGGAGCGCAAUCACUUGGUUUUACGGAAACUGCCAAGUACUUAUGCAUUGGUGCAGCUUUCCUGUUUGCCAGUUUAGGAUCAUGGGGAUCGCUUUAUACCCGUGCAAGACUGGUUCAAGCAGCUGCUAAUCCUGUAAGUCAAAAUGCAGCAGAAAUUGCUAUGGGGAGUAUUUCUGUUGCUCAAGGAACGCUAGGAGGACGUGGUUCGAAUAAUCGUUUGUGGUUCGAAGAUAAUUUAGUAUUCUUUCAAGAAGCAUAUGAAAAGUCUUUAAUGAUCGAUGAUGAAAUGCUGAAUGAACGGGAUAAGCAUUAUGAUAAAAAUAUCGGUCAAUCAUUAUCUGCAUGGGAUAUAAUCAUAAGCCAUAUUUAUCCAAUUCAACUUGUCAUUCAUCCUGGCUUCAAUCCUUCUUUUUGGUAUGAGAGUGAUAUUUUUGGCAAUCAUUUCACUUUUGGUUGGAAUUUGCAAAUCAAAUCAAAUUCUACCCUUCAACUUCGUCAAUGCGAAUCAACUGAUGCGGAAAUUGAUUAUAACGAAGAUCCAUCUGAAACUUAUUGCGAACAAGGUCAAUCGGUUGUUCCAGAAGGCGUUUAUAUGUCUUACGAAUUAUUAAACACAUCCGAAGAACAGGAUGAUAGUGCGCAUUUACGAUUAGGUAAUGAUUCGUAUGCAUUCGAGAAAGCUAAACUGGACGGUAUGCUUGCUUAUUUAGGAGGUACUUCAGCCGUAUGCGAAGGUAUUCAAUAUAACGAUCAAAGAAUGGCAUACAGUGUCAUGCAAGUAGCCUACGCCAGCGACCCUGUGGCUGGCUUUGAUGCUUGCGAGAAUAAUCAAUAG